AUGGAUGCCACUAAAAGACCACUGAAAAUCCCUCCUGAGUUUGCCAGCUAUGCCGAUAAACACAACUUAUUUGAAGUUUUCAAGCGGCUGUUGACAGCCCUUAUAAUCAAAAGGCCAGAAAACCCAGCAGAUUUCAUCAUAGAAUUCCUUAAAGAUUUGACUGAAGAACCUCACAUCUUGAUUCUCGGCCCGCCCGGUGUGGGUAAGUCCACCAUAGCCUGCCUGCUCAGCCAAAAACUUGAUGGCUGUCCCGUUGUAUCGGACAAUAUCUUUAAGGAUAGCGAGCCAACAUCUGUUAAUGAGUGGGGAAGAAUUGUGGUUAAUCAUUUAAACGAAGUUGAAGAGAAAAGGAAGGGGUGGAUUCUGGAUAACAUUGUAAGGACAAAAGAGCAAGCAAUCAUUUUGUCCGAGGCUGGCUUCAUUCCGAGUCACACAGUGUUGAUGGAUGCACCUAACCAGAUUUUGCAGGCGAGAAUUCACGGGAAGUUGUACGAUGAAGAAACCGGAGAAAUAUACAACAAAGUCUUCCGACCCCCUCCCAAAUACAUGCUAGACUACUUGGUUGCACUGUCUUAUCCUGGAAUCCAAGCAAAGCUGUCGACUAUUUCUGAAUUCUGUAUGAAAGUUGAAGGACUGAAGCAAACUUAUAAGUGGAGUUUGAAGGAGUUCAAUGCCGACCAACCUGUCGAAGAUGUCUUCAAGGAAAUAUACGAAUUUGUGUGUCAGCCGCGACGCACAAACACUCCGAUGACACCUCGCAUCCUAAUAUUCGGACCUCAGGGGAGUGGCUAUGAUGUCGUGGCCAAAAUGCUCGCCGAGAAGUACAAAUUCAAUCUAAUAAUCUAUCAAGAGGCCGUGGAAAACGAAAAAGCAAAAAACACAAAAUUGGGAGAGGUGUUCCGAUUGUGCCAGGAGCUCUGUGCAAUAGAACCGGAUGAAGCCAUGUUUGAUUUGAUAAACAAGGAACUCGAUAAGAUAGAGCGCCAUUCAAAAGGUUGGAUAAUCUGCGGCUACCCCAUCAACGUACCACAAGCUCAGUUUUUACAGGCUGCCGACUAUGAACCCAACAGGGUGUUCUUCAUAAGAAUCUCAAAUGACAAAAUUGUUCAGCGACUUUCGUUGCAGAGGAUGGAUCCUGUGACGGGCCUGAUGUACCACAUGAUCAACAAUCCAGCACCCACCGAACAGAUCAAGGAUCGGCUUGAGAUCCCUCCACACUUCGAUCCAGAAAAAAUAUGUUACAACCUCACUGGCUAUCGGACUCAAGAACCGAGAUUGAAAGAGUUCUACGCUGAUGUUGCUUUCGAUAUUGAUGGUGAUCAGACGUUGGAGCACAUUUUCGAAUCGAUUGAGAGCAGGAUUGUUAAUCCCAUUCCUCUCUGUGAAAAGAAAAGUAAAGAAGGAUGA